AUGGCUUCAAAGCUCAUUCCGUCGAAUCCGGAAGCUGUCACGGUCAUUCGUGAGGUCGUGCCCGGCACCAUCGUCACCAGCUCCGCACCUUUCCUUCGCUAUGGUCGUAUCAAGAUCGGCGGCAGAGGCACAAUUGUUCGUAUGCAGAAUGGAGCGCUCGCCGUCUUCUCACCAACGGCGCUCACAGAGGAGCUUAAGAGCAAGGUAGACUCGAUGGGCGAAGUCAAAUACAUUACUGCCCUCGACUAUGAGCACCACAUCUUCCUGGGACCCUGGUACAAGGAGUACCCCAACGCAAAGGUCCUGGGCCCCGAGGGUCUUCCCGAGAAGCGCCAGAAGCAGAGCAACGAGAACGUGCCCUUUGCCGUGGUGUUUGAGCCGAGCAAGAAGCACGAGAUCAAGGUCGACCCCGAGUUCGACGCCGAGUUUGAGUACGAAUAUGUCCACGCGCACGCCAACAAGGAAAUUGUCUUCAACCACAAGCCCACGAAGACGCUGAUUCAGGCCGACCUUAUUUUCAACAUGCCUGCGACCGAGCAGCACAGCAGGCUCGGUGACGCCCAGCCGGGUUUCCUCACCAAGUUCUUCUCUCUGUUCACGAACCUGCAAGGCGAGGCCAUCGGCCACAGGAGGUUCCUGUGGUAUAUGGCCAGCAAGCCCGACCGGGCAGCAUUCAACGAGAGCGUGGCCAGGAUCAACUCGUGGGACUUUGAACGCAUGAUCCCGUGCCAUGGUGACGUGAUUGAGAAGGAGGGCAAGACGGCGUUUCAGAAGGUCAUGAAGUGGCACCUGGACGCUGCGCUCAAGAAGCAGUAG